AGUGGACAGGACUGAGGAGUGAGGACUCACAGGAGGAUAGAAGCACGUGUGAAUUGAUGAAACUGAACUGACAAUGGCUCAUCAUCUUAGAGCAUCUUGUUUCCUUGCUAAUCGUUCGAGCACUCUUAAAACGUUCUCUAGAUGUUAUGGCUAUGUUCAUGUGGUUCAUAAAACCAUCCCUCAUUUAUUGGGUCCUGGGAAUGUGUGGAGAAAAUGCUACGUUGUUCAUCCAUGUAGUGUUAAGAAAGAUUCUCUCCUUCACGCUCAAUGGCUAACAGGCACUAAAUUGGUGAACGGGUUGCCUAAAGAAAUCAAUUCGAUCUCCUUACCAAAUGAUUUUAUUGUCACUGAGUUCAAGGAGCGUCUUAUUGAUUAUAUGAAAAUUUCGCCAGAUACAACACCAUUGUACUCUAAUAAUAAUAAUCUUAACUUUGGAUUGUAUCAAGCAUGUCUGUCGUGUUUGUGGUCACUGGGCAAUUUUCAACACAUUCAACACUCUUAUUGGAGCCCAAUUACAAAGGUCACUAGUUAUUGGCGUAGGAAUGGUCUAAAUUUUGUGACCUUUACCAAACCUUCAAUUUUAUAUACUUCAUCAGCGUUGGAUUUGUGGCCUACACCGUCUACCACUACAUUGGUAGACCCAGUGAAAUAUCUUAAUCCUUCUCAUAUUCAGUUAUUUGAACAGAGUUUUGACGAUAUCAAUGUAUUCGGUGGCAAUAAGAGCUUGAGUCUCUAUCCAAUGGCUCAUACCCUCAUUGUUGACAACGAUUAUAAGAAACACACUUUAGAGCAAACUAUAUCUCAUGCCCUGUUACAAUUGUUUGCACAGUCUUCUGCUCAGACUGUUCAGAAUGGGUAUCCUCUUGAUAGGAGGCUGGACUAUCCUUUAGCAACACAAGCAAUCUUGACUGACGGAUUACAGUACACCUUUGCAUGCUACCAGUUAAACACAUUGAACAUGACAGAAACGUCACAACAGGAAGUUUUUAAUUAUAUGUGGUGCGGACCUACAUAUAAAAUUUGGAACAAGGAAAAAACUGAUCUUAAUAAUAAGUGUGUUACACUACUACUAAAGUUUCUAUUAAAUGAACCGUUACGGGAAACCCCUGCACUUGUUUGUCCUGUCAAUGAUGUGAAGGAUACAACAUAAUUUUUGUUUCAUCAGUUUGUAUGAAAAUAGCGUUUUGGUUUUUGUUAAAAAUUGUGUUAUAGUAGUAAUAGAUUGUUGUAAUUAUUAUCUGGGACCGAGUAGUAUCAGAAGGAAAA